AAGAAGUUUGAGUCACUGCUUGCUGGCAGUGGCUUCAGGGCUACAGCUGGAGGGACUUAAAGAACUACAUCACUUUUUGUCUUUGUUGUUGUUGGCUUGUUACGGUUCUAUGAUAUCUUAUAGGUGUUUUAACUCAGUGUGUGAAGGACUUUACAGACGAUAACGCUUGAACUGGUAGAACAGAGGUCAACAGUAGGAAAUACAUCAGACUAUAAACAUUUUUUUCGCACAUGCCUUGAACGCAACACAAGACCGGACCGCUUGGGCACGCUCCCAGCAGAGCUGUUUGAGCCCGUGAAGCACGCGGACCGGUGGUGAGCACGAGCCAGGAUGCUGAGUAUGUGCAGGAAUGGAGACGAUAAAGUGCCGCUGUUGUUUUACUGAGUUUGCUGACAAAAACAGCUGAGAGGACGACAGUUUGUGUGUGGGUCAAAUAGCAAUGAGUGAGACGGUAACGAGGAGGAGGAGAGGGCCCGGACUGACCAACUUCAAGAACAGAUGGAGUGAGCAGCCCAAAGGUAACCUCAUCUCUGAUGUGGAUGGGAAACAUACAGCCGGCCCAUCAGAUGAAGAUGAAGGUGGACGACAAGGGGCCCUCAAGAGGAUUAGUGCUAUGUGGUCCUCCUUACGCAAGGGCAAAAGAGACAGAGUCAAAGACCCUGAGCCUACAGAGCCACUGGGCCCUGUGGUGGCAGACAACACAUCCAGGCAGCUCCGCUAUGUCAGUGGUCAGUACUUCUUUGAGUAUCUGGUGGUGGUCAGCCUCAAGAAGACCAAGGACGGCAGCAGCUACGAACCUCAGAUCUCCUACCAGUUUCCCAAGAGGGAUGGAAUGGCGAAGUUUCAGAAGGAGGAGGAGGAGAAGACGCUAAAGGCAAUCACUCUGUUUUGUUUCCCAGAGGGCAUCAACUGGGCUCCUCUGACAGAAUACCACAGUGAGACUUUCUCCUUUGUUCUGACUGAGAUUGAUGGCAGCAGAAGAAAUGGAUACUGCAGGAGGUUACUGCCUGGAGGGAAAGGAGCUCGACCACCUGAGGCUUACUGUAUCAUCAGCACACUGGCUUGUUUCGGCCUCUUCUCCAAGAUAUUUGAUGAGGUGGAGAAGCGGCGGCAGAUCUCCAUGGCCAUGAUCUACCCAUUCAUGCAGAAGCUGAGGGAGGCUCCAUUCCCAGCUCCAGGAAACACUGUGGAGAUUAAGAGCUUCAUUCCUGAGUCGGGCACUGAGAUCAUCAGACUGACCCGGCCACUGGAUUCCUGGCUGGAGCAUGUAAACUUUGCAACGCUGUUCGGCUGCCUGACAGACGACGAGGUGUUACUGGUGUUUGCUGCCGCUGUCUUGGAGAGACGGAUCGUUUUCAUUGCUGAUGAACUGGGCACGUUAUCCCAGGUCAUUCAUGCAGUAGCAGCCCUCCUUUACCCCUUCACCUGGCAGCACACCUUGAUCUCCAUUGUUCCGGAAAUCUUGAUUGAUGUAGUGAUGGCUCCCACCCCGUACCUGCUGGGAGUUCAGAAACACCUGCUGGACUUGGUCACUGACCAGGGGGAUCUGCUGGCGGUGGACUUAUCUGAGGAUAAAAAGAAGACUUUCAUUGUUUCAAUAGGUGAUGAAAGUUCUAUUCUGCCCCCGAAGCUCCAAACUGAAAUACUAGAGUCACUAAGUAACAGACAAAAAGCAUCAACGGUGGAGGAGAUGAACCGGGUGGUGUCAGAAGCCUUCCUGCACUUCUUUGUGAAAACAGUCGGCCAUUACAGCUCGUAUGUGAAAUACGGCCAUGCUGGAGAGCAGGGGGUGUUUGAAAAGAGAAGUUUCUACAAGGCCAUUGAGUCCAAGACCACUCGACACUUUGUCAAAAAGUUCAUCCAGACGCAGAUGUUUGACCUGUUUAUCCAGGAGGUGGAGCAGCAGCAGCCUGGACCGCAGCAAGGAAUAUUUCACAGAAAGAUCGUUGAAUACCAAGAGAAGAAGAAAAGGGACAAGGCAAAGAAACACUAGGUCUCAGCGUGGGACCCUGGUUGUAUAUAAAAGAUAUCAUAGGAAAAGAUGUGAAUGUUGCACUGUGAGUUUAAUGUCCUAUGUCAGUUUGGUUUUUAAAUAUGUACCAAUGUGUGAAUUACUGUAUGGCUACUUUGCUGCUACUCUGUGAUACACUGGCAGAAUAAAAGAAUUCAGUUCCACAUGUUGGUUCUCAGCCUGUGGCCACAGUCUGUCGCUGAUGAGCAGGAAAAUCAUUUCAAAUAAAGACUACUUUUUUAAGUCAAAGCA